AUGGGUUCUACAAAACGACAACAAAAUUUAUGUACAAUAUGUGGUACAAUGGUUGGUGUUUUCUCAUGUCAUGGAUGUAACAAAAAUUUUUGUUUAAUUCAUACAAGUGAACAUCGAGAUUUUCUUCAAAAAUCUAUGAAUGAAAUUAGUAAUAAUUGUGAUUUGUUAAAAGAUAGUGUUCAAGGACAUAAAGGAGAACAACAUCAAAUUUCAAUAAUGGAACAAAUUGAACAAUGGGAACAACAAUCAAUAGAUAAAAUUCGUCGAUUAGCUGAUGAUGUUCGACAACAAAUAUCAACUAUUAUUCGAGAUCGUACAGAUAAUUUCAAAGAAAAAUUAGGAGAAUUACAACAACAAUUAGAAAUAGCUCGUCAAGAUGGUGGUUUUUAUGAAAAUGAUUUAACAGAAUGGACACGAAGAUUUGAUGAAUUACAACGUAUUGUUGCUCAACAACAAACAAUUAAAAUUGAGGAAGAUAUUGGUUCAACUUCAUUUAUUUCAAGAAUUUCAGUAAAUGAUAUAUCAAGUAUUUCAUUUCGAAAGAAUGUUCCAUUGAAAAAUCAUGAUCAAAAUGAUAUUGAAAAAAAAUAUGACGAUUAUACAGAUAAUCACAAUCAAUAUUCAUAUUCAAAAGGAAGCCAUUCAAUUCGAUUUAAGAUUCAUGAAUAUGAACCGAAUAGUUCGAUUAUAUUUGGAAUUGUAUCAAAACAAAAAUCUAUUAAUUCAUCUACAUGUGAAAAUCCAACAUUUUAUGGAUGGACAGAAAAUAAUCUUGUUUAUUUUGGUGGUGAUUCACAACCAAAUUAUCAUGGAUAUAAAAGUGAUUUUCAACUAGGUGAUAUAUAUGAAUUAAUUAUUGAUUGUAAACGAAAAAAGAUUCAAUUAAGAAAGGAACGAACAGAUAUUUCGUAUGAUUUAGAAGUUGAUACAACAAAAUGUCCAUUUCCAUGGCAACCCAAUGUUCGUAUUUUAAACAAUCUUGAAUGA